GCGUCCAGGGAAAAUAAAGAAAAAAAAAGACUUUGCCCCUGGAAAACUGAUAUUUUCAAGGACAUCAGGUGGCUUGUCCUGCUGGAUGACUGUUCCCACCUCUCCCCCUCCCUAAACGGGGGUUUUCUCCGUGCACAGGGUCUGGCAGUGUCCCCCAGCCCGGGGUUAACCAAGGCUAUCACCCCCCACCCCCCCGAUUUUUCAAAUUUUGCCCCUCUUCUGCAGCUAAAAAAAGAAGAUUGAUGCCUCCAGCCGGUAAAUUUCUGCCCCAUGCUCAGAACCAGACACUACCCCCCCUGCAAUUUGCCCCCCUUCAUCAUUUUAAACACCUCCGAAGAGGAGGAAGCAAAUCUGAGGAGGCAGUGAGGGCAGAGAGAGGGCAGCGGCUACAGCGAGGGACACUGAGUUUGCUCAGUUCGGGUGCGCAUGCUCAGUGCACCCAAAGUAGCAAAUUCUGAGAAGUUAGUGUUUUGCUCGCUACACCGGCAGCUCUCGUGUCCAUCUGAGAAAAUAAGGAGACAAGAAGAGGCGAAAUGAACCUUUCCCAGCGGUGGGUCCUAGUCCUGCUCGCCUUGUUUCUGGAGUGUACAGAGGCCAAAAAACAUUGCUGGUACUUUGAAGGGCUGUAUCCUACAUAUUAUAUAUGUCGCUCCUAUGAAGAUUGCUGUGGUUCAAGAUGCUGCGUAAGAGCCCUUUCAAUCCAGCGCCUCUGGUAUUUUUGGUUCCUUCUGAUGAUGGGUGUUCUCUUCUGCUGCGGAGCUGGUUUCUUCAUCCGAAGGCGGAUGUACCCUCCACCACUUGUAGAAGAACCUACUUUUAAUGUAUCCUACACCAGACAGCCAGCCAACACUGCAGCAGGAUCACAGCAACCAGGGAUGCCAUACUACACGGAUCCAGGAGGGCCUGUGAUGAAUCCCAUGGCUAUGGCUUUCCAUGUCCAGCCCAACUCCCCACAAGGGAAUCCAGUAUACCCACCUCCACCCUCUUACUGCAACGCACCACCACCCCCAUAUGAGCAGGUGGUAAAAUCCUCCACGUAACAACUCUGCAGCUCUGUUACCUGACUUUGUAAGAAGCAGGUGCCAUUGCAAAGGGACUUGGGUAGAGGGCCUCUGCCCUUCUGAACACUUGCUAAUUCUCCUGCCACACGCUUACCGUUCUCAUUACUUUGGAAGGAUGAUUGAUUUUUUUUUUUUUGUGGUAGGGAGUGAAUUUUCAUUUUGAUGUAUUCAAAACGAAAACACUGUCUUUUUAAUGCUUUUAAUGGCAACCUAUAUUUAAAUCCAAUAUGUUUUCCCUUUAUUUAUUGUUUCAAAGGUGUAUGUUAACAUAUUGUGGCAAAAUACGGUAGCAGAUUUAUGCAACCACAAAGUGAUGUACUCUCUCCGAAAAUCCAGACAAACGUGGUACUCUGCUAGAGUAGAAACGAAAGGCGCGAUCUGGAGGAAAGAGUCAGGGAAAGAUAUUUAUGUGAAGUCUGACCACCCGCCUGUGGUUUUCUAGGAAAGCUCUGUUCUGAGACACAGAAUGGGGACAGUCAGUGUAUUAUGGAAGCCAGUGAGUGAGAAAGUUGAGUGGCACUCACUCAUGGCAGUGAGUUCUGCUUGGAACAAAUCCCACUUGAGAGCUUCACUUCUACAAAAGGGGUGGAUCCAAGAAAUCAUGGCUGUGCAGGACUGCAGUGAUUCCACAUGCUCCUGGACUCUGAACUUGCCACCUUAAUCCUGGCUCCACUUCUCCUUUUGAAACUUUCUGAAAAGUGGUGGGGGUUUUUUUUUGUUUUUUGGGGGAGGGGUUUGCCAAGGAUAAGAUUGUAAAAUAUAAUUGAUGAUCUAAAUAUUAGAUUGGCCUAUCUAUGGCAGGGAAGAUGUUAUCAGCUCACAUAGCAACCCUUGUAGAGAAACUUCUUAGAAAUAUGUCAGUGCACAGAAGGGUUUUUUUGCCCUAAAGUUAAAAUAGAAAAAAAAGAGAACUUAGGCCCAGAUCCUCAAUGUAUUUAGGCACUGAACUUGCAUCUGGGCUUUGGGCUCCCAUCUUAGUCCCUUUGGAACCACUGGGAGUUUUGUCCUUGACUUCACUGGGUGAUGACUAGGUCCUUGUUCCAUACAGCAUGUUAGCUCGCUGGUUUUGGUUAUGGUCUUACAGCUACAGAGUGGAGUACAAAAGGGUGUUGUGUUCUCCAAUCAAGAGAUUUGAAAAUUCUCUCUUAACAAUGCUUUAAGCACAAUAACUUUCUAUGACAUCUGUUUAAGAGUUGCUUCUCAGUCUAAUGCAUGGACAUUUUGACCAUGCAGCUAUCAUGCUGAAAAUGUCCUCCUCGUUUUUAUUUGCCUCAUAUUUCUGGUAGGUUCUUUGAGUGGCAGUGGCCACUCCCUAACUUCAAACAAACAAAACCUUUUCUCCUGAAAUUCUUAUGGAUGGUUGGUUUUACAGACAUUUUUGCACUUAUUUUGAUUAUUUCCAAUUAAAGUAUGGUGCUUUUACUGCUGCUCGAACUGAAGUUACACCAGUUCAAUGUAUCCCAUUGAAUGAAUGUUGGGGCCCAUGUUUAACUGAACACACAAUCCCAAGAUAUCUGGGCUACGUCUACACUGCAGGCUUUUUGCAUAAGAACUGUUUUGCACAAGAGUUCUUGCGGAAAAGUACUUGAGCUACAUACUGCCAUGUGCUUUUGCGCAAGAGCGUCCAUGGCAGUGGGAUUGCUCUCUUGCACAAGAAAGCUCUGAUGGCCAUUUUAGCCCUAGAGGUUUCUUGCUAUAGAAACCCCUGUUGCCCGUCCACACUGCCUCCUUGCGCAAGAGCUCUUGUGCAAGAGAACUUAUUCCUCGUAGGGAGAGGAAUAACUUGCACAAGAAGCGCUCUGCUCCAACGCCUUACUGUAAAUUUACUCGCGUAAAAAUGCACGUGCAGUGUAGACGCGCCACAAAUUUUAUGUCUGCAGCGUAGACAUAGCCCUGCAUUGCACAGGGGAAAUUGAGGGCCUUAUUUGGCCUUUCUCACUAGUGAUGUUGUGUCUGAAAGCCUACUUCUCAGCCCAGGUUGAGCUUGCCGGGUCUAACAAUCAAAACUAAACAUCUUUUUGUUUGUAAAUUGUGCACUGUCAGUACAGAAAGUACUGAGUACCAGUAAAUCCAAGAACCCUCCCCCCUCUUUUUAGACAUUUUUCCAAAUAGAAGUACCCUUUAAAGCAGGAUGGAGAACCUUUUUUGGGUCAAGCCACUGACCUACAGAAAAAUCAGUUGAGUGCUGCACACAAAAACCCCUCCCUGACAUGGCAUCCAAACGAGGAGAAAGACACUUCCCGCAUUCCUGUUGCACACCAGAGCAUAACGGGGCCCAGCCUAGUAUAUUUUGUGUGCUCCAGCCCCAUGGUGAGGCAGAAGGGGGGCUGGAGUUCCAGCACAGGCUCCCCAUUGUAGGGGGAGACCCUGAGCCUUGGGGAGGCGGAAUCCAGGCAAGCCAAGGGCUACAUCCAGCUCCUGAGGUUCCCAUCCCCUGCUUUAAAGGAUCAAACCCAGCAGUCCUAACGUGGACAGAAUUCCUAUUGAUUGUAUGGCAUCUAGGAGAAAAUAUUUUCGGGAGGGCCACUCCGGGUAUUCUCUGGGAGGAAUUGGUCUGCUAUAAAUACACUAAAAUUACAUCUGUUUGAAUUGUGUUGCACUGAAUGGGCUUCGGUGAAUGUGACGUUCCAGUCAUAGAAAGACAUUUCAUAAACGCCUGUGGAUGAUUUGUAGGCAGUCAUAAGGGGCCAAAUCCCAAUCAUGCUGGAGUCGAUGGGAGAUUUACCAUUGAUUGCAAUGGGAUCAGGAUUUGUCCCAAAGGAAAGGAUUAAACUUGGUUAAUAAGCAGAGGCUUCUCCUGCCAGCAGCAGUGGGUAGCAUUUUGCCUUUGUGCUGGGUUUUAUCUCAGCAUUUAACUAUUCGUCUUACUUUCAGGAAGAAAUAAAUGAAAGGCUAAAGAUGACAUCAGAGGUUAAAAAUGCUAACCUGUAAGGCUGGGUUGUUCGGGGAGUUUUCUAAAUAAAAGGGCUUAUCUGUAGAAACAUUUUGUUUGUGGCAAGCUGAGUCACGAAUCUACCCCAUGCCAGCCUGCUGCGCCAUAUGGACCCUGCUGAUGUGCAGUAAGAGUUCCUUAGUACAUGGAUUUGCAGGUUGGAUCUCUCUGGUCCAGCACAUUCAGGACCUGACUGGUCCCGGAUAAGGGAUUUUGCUGGACCGGGGAAGGUCAUUGCUGGGGGCCCCCCCUUGCCUCUUGUCUCUCCCCCCCACCUCCGACCCUCCAGUCAUGGCUUCGCUGCCAGCCUUCCAGCCAACUUCCCCCUGCUGCCAGCUGCUCUGCACACACGGCUCCCAGCCCCACCAUCUCAUGCACAGCCUUACCUCCAGGCUCUCGGCCCCACGGGGCAGCCCCCUUGCUGGGGUUCAGCUGCACUGCAGAGUGACAGCCCAGCUUGGGCUUCAGUCUUGCUGGGCACCCCUGCUGCCUCCUAGUCCUUCUGAGCAGCUAUGCCACUUGGCAGUAGUGGGGCUGCUGGGCUCCUUGUUGUGCUGCCGGGUGGCUGGCCCGUUACUAGGCUCCAACAAAAGGAAUGCUGGUAAAGUCAAUGCAAUUCCACUGGUAUGAGAUUAGAACUAGGCCCUGCAUUUGCACUUGUAUUAAAGACCACAGGUAGUUAUUAAAUCAGAUCAUAUGGGCUCAUGUUCAACAUGUGGUUUAGGAGUGUUGAUAGUGACGUUCAUAACCAUUUAUCUCUUUGGGGAAAAAAAAAGAGACAUUCCUACUUACUGAGACUGUAGGAUUUCAUGAUACAUGGCAAAGCUCAUUCCUUUCUGUUGUGCUGGUACAUUGCAUUCCAACAUGAACUUUGACCUGAUCUCUUGCUUAUCCUUACAGCCUACUUUGCAGAUUUAAAACCAGCUAAUCAAAUUCUAAUUUUUUUUUUGUUCUUCUUUUUUGCAAACUUAAGAGAGAGUUGAUGUGAAAUCGCAAACCAAACUUUGUGAAACCUGUGAUAUUUUUGAUUGUCCUAAUAUUGGGUGGUAAUAAAGACAUCAAUGGGCAAAAUUCUUCUCCAUUCCACCCAGCUGAUAAUGGCUGAACAAAACAAUCUAAAUUUACUGUAAUCUCUUUUUUUGUUGUUGUUGCAUAUCUCUCGCUAGCUCCCAUUAUUAUAGUACCCAAAGUGCCAGAUCCUGCAAACACAUAUGUGCUUAACCUUAAGCAAGGAGGCUUCAGUACAAGUACUCGGGGCCUGAAAAUUAAGAUUGCACAUAAAUGUUUGCAGAAUUGAGGCCUGACCACUGACUAUUGAGAGCUCCUUGUUGCUCAUACGGUUUUGCUACUUACGUGUAUGCAGUGGGAACAGAAUGUUGGUGGGAAAACCUGCAGUGCAAACCUGUGAUGACUCGCACAUAGUGAACUCUCCUAUUGCAGUGUUAUUCAUGGGCUUAAUAGAUUUUUUAGAAGGGAUCAAUAGAUAAAGCUAGUCUGACCUGUAUAACACAGACCAGUGGCUUUCAUCCAAUUACCCUUCCAUUGAAACCUACAUUGAAGAACACUGUAGAAAAACAUGCAUUUCCAAAGUAUCACAGCAAUACUAUGUUGUCCUCAGAAUAUUACCGUUAAAAUAUUCUUCCUGCAGUGGCCGGUGGUAAGGAUGCAGCAGCUGCUUCUGACUUCGCAAUGCAGGCCCUAUGAACAUAUGAGAUACAUGUAUGAUGUGGUCAAAAGACCCAUUUACCCACAUAGCACAGUUGUAUGUAUUUUCUAAACUAGGGUGAACAGUAACUGUAAGCUGCCUAUGAUCACAUAAUAUGGCUGCAUUUACACUGUAUUUUUUUUAACUGAAUCAAGGGAGUCUUUUUUUCUUUGAGUAGGUCCUAUGAUGUGAGUGAAUAGGUGUUGUUAAACCCUUUUAUAUUAUUAAAUGUGUCUAAGAUUUGUUGUUUUCCUGAUUACGUUGAGUAGAAAGAACCCUUUUCCAGUGGAUUCUUAUGCUGUAUAUUUAAAUUCAACUUCUGGUGAAGUUUUUCUGCAAUUCAACUGUUUCUUUUGCUAUUGUUGGUGGAUUAUAACCACCUCUUACAAUGAAGUCAAACUCCUGUUCUAGUGAAGUUGUUUGGUACUUAAUUGCAAACACAGCAGCACUGUGGAUAAAUCUAAGAAUUAUUUGCAGAUUGCUUGCAUGCUUUUCUUCUCCUUUUGGUUUCUAAGUUUUGGGGGGUUUUGUUUUUUGUUUCCCUUUAGUUUACAAGAAAAAAAAAAGGUGGAAAGAAGCCCUGUAACUUUUGAUAGGGUCAUGUUUCAUAUGUAUGCAAAAUAAAAUUGAUCUGGGUAUGUCUA